UGGGGCGUUCACUCCGUCUCCUGACACAGUAGCAACACUGGCAGUAGCGUCAGCCCCAAACAAAAGGCUAAACGCGGCAGAGCCACAGGAGGAGGAACUCAGGGACAGGAGCCGGCACAGCGGCUCAGUGCGGCUGCACUUCUCAGGGAGGAAUUCCGUGGCCAUUUAACCCUCCUGACACCAGGGUGGUGGAGACAGGGCAGUUUACGAGGCCGGGCCAGACUGUGUGUCUGCCUGUGUGUUUGAUCUGACAUCACCCUCUCACUGACAGAUCUCUGACUCUGACUUUGUUUUCACUCACACCUCUGCGUCCUCUGUGGAGACCCCUGCACCUGCACCUGCACUUUGGGACCUGGACGUCUUUCCUCCCCCUGCCAAGUGUCCUCCAAGAUGUCAGAAGAUGACUGUCUCUCACCCAUCGGCCUGGACUGCUGCAACUGCUGCCUGGACCUUGCCAACGGCUGUGUUGAGUCCAUGUCUGACAGUCCGGCUCAGAGCCCCCGUACUCCGGGGGGCCUUCCAGGAAGCCCUACCAACUCCAGUGUCAGCCACUUCCGCCAGCUGCGCAACCAGCUCAUGUACCAGAACCUGAACACAGACAAGCUGAACAACAUCAUGAGGCAGGACUCCCUGGAGUCAGUGGUGCGGGACCCCUGCUUCCUCCUCAACGAGGGCAUCUGUAACAGCAACAUUGACCAGACCAUGCUGUCCAUACUGCUCUUCUUUCACAGUGCCUCUGGUGCUAGCGUUGUGGCCAUCGAUAACAAGAUUGAACAGGCAAUGGAUCUUGUGAAGAACCAUCUCAUGUAUGCAGUACGGGAAGAGGUGGAGGUCCUGAAGGAGCAGAUCAAAGAAUUGGCAGAGAAGAACAACCAGCUGGAGAGGGAGAACUAUCUGCUGAAGAAUCUGGCCAGUCCAGAACAGCUCGAAAAGUUCCAGUCACGCAUCCCCACAGAUGUGUUACUGCCUCUAGAUAAUCAGAGUGCCCGGGUGAGCCUGGAGCAGCACCAGCAGACCUGCAACCACAGCACGGGCUCUGCUGUAUAAGUGGCUCUGUCUUGGGGCGGGCAGAGCCACUGUCUCUUUACAGUAAUGGACCUCCAUUAAAUGAAUGUGUUGCAAAUUUUGCCUCCGAGACCCCUUCGGAAGAACGAAGGUGAAGUGUCGGAGCUGAAAAUGAUCGAUCGGACUCAAAAGAACUGCUGUCGCUGACGAGGCACUAACCGAACUUUAGACGCUCUGACUGCUGAGGUGUCAGGCCUGUCUCUGAUUCCAUCCGAGUCUUUGUCGUAGUCUCUCUUUGUAGACAAAAGCGCUUAGAACAUGAAGCGGGGGCUAAAUAGUCACAGACAAGCGCUUGCUUUGAGACAGAGGGAAGGGCGAUUCCCUGCCUUGCCAAAACCCUUCCAGCAAAACACCCUUUGCACUUUGGGGGUGAAAAGGUGAUGUUUGGGCUGGCCCGACUGGUGCUACGUGCUAUAGUGUGGGGGAAGUUUGCUCCAGGACUCACCCGGAGGAGACACACCCGAGGCUUUCCCCCCUGCCCCCAAGUCUCGGCGAGAAGAGCCCCCAUCGUACGGAUUCAUCACGUCUCCAAAUGCCAAAUUCACGGAGGCUCAGCCGCACAUUUUACCAGGACUGUGUUCUCGUAGCUAAUGUUUCUUUGUCCGUCACCUGCAUUUCUUCAUGCAUAACCAGAAUAAUUAACAGAAUAGGUGGUUAAUGCAGUACAAGCACCUGUCUGAGCCGGUGCACUGCAGUAGACUGACUUAAUGCACAAUGUAAUCAUGUAGUGUCUGCUGCUGGGGCUCACUGCUACUGGGGGGACAUUUUUUCCGCUACAUUUUCCUUUUUGUUUUGUUUUAUUCAAACAAAUCCAGUUGUAAAAUAAGAGUGCUUAACUUUGAUGUUAAAAGUUAAAGUUUUUUUUUUAAAUACAAAUAUUCCAGGGCGACAUGCACGUCGGCCCACAAUUCUUCUUACAGCAAAAGAACGGAGCAGUGAAGUGGGAAGAUCUGAUAUUGAUCACAGUGGAGGAGGCGAGAAAAGUAGAACCCAGCGUUUCUGGCUGUGAAUGCACUCCUGAUUUAUUUCCAGCAUCUUGGUCUGCUCCUUUUGCUGGUCCAUACAACAGUGCCUGUCAGUAAUGAGAGGAACAUGAUGAACUCUGUUGUUGUUUUUCUCACUACUACCAAAGAGUUUGCCUUUUUUUUUUUUCUUGGUCUCCUCAACCAGAAAUGUUUCUAAACAAACCAGGACUUUGGACUUUGUGGACUUACUGUGUGUCUUGCAGAGAUAACUUGUGUCGUUGCUGUACCGUAUCCUGGAACGGUUGUUCACUGGGUUGUUUGGAUACAACUGCACAUUUGCAAUAAACCAGAUGUUUAGAUAAAA